GGCCGUGUCAGCGAUGGCGUCAGCGGCCGUGUCAGCGAUGGCGUCAGCGGCCGUGUCAGCGAUGGCGUCAGCGGCCGUGUCAGCGAUGGCGUCAGCGGCCGUGUCAGCGAUGGCGUCAGCGGCCGUGUCAGCAGUGGCGUCAGCGGCCGUGUCAGCAGUGGCGUCAGCGGCCGUGUCAGCAGUGGCGUCAGCGGCCGUGUCAGCAGUGGCGUCACCGGUGGCGUCAGCGGCCGUGUCAGCGGCCGUGAUAACGGUAGAUACAGAAUGCAGUACAGUGUCUGUCACAAAUCCUUCUAUUGCGGAAGAAGUAAAACAACAAAUCAGCAGAAUAAAUAUGCCUGGAAGAUCGACCCCAGCCAGCAUACAUGCAGUGUCCCUGACUGAAAAAAGAAGUGCAGUGGAAAAGUUUGAGCUCCAGACGACAUGUAGAGAGCAGCAACCACUUACAACUCAAGAAAUGAUAAGAUACCGACAGUACUACAAGAAGAAACAGGACAAACUAUCCGAGUAUAUUCAAGAAUUACAAUGUGAUUAUUUCCCUUCAUGUCUUCUUGAGGUUAUCUUGAGAUGAUUUCGGGGCUUUAGUGUCCCCGCGGCCCGGUCCUC